AUUUGCUAGCUUAGGUAGAUUAAUACAUUUUUGCCUUUUUUAACAGCUUUUGGUCAUCAGCAUAUUUUGUAAGAUUGGCUGUUAUUUUGGUAGUCAAAUUUCUUCAUUCUUCAUGAAAUUGGUCUGCAAUUUCCUCAAAGUCAUUACCAAGCUUGACAUUCAAAGGGUUGACAUUUUGGAAAAAAUAUACAAAAUGACUAACCAUACAUUUAAUAUAAUCUAUCAAAAUUUUUAUAUGAUUUCUACUUGCAGUAGCUACGUAAUAUCUACACAUGCGUAAAUAGCUACAACCAAAUAUUGUCAUUAUUCUUAUCCAACAUGACAAUAUAAUAACAACUGCAGGAGUCAUGCUCACGACCAAAGAAUCCAAAACAAAAAUAAGAACUUCCCAAGUGCAAUGCACAUUCAUUUUCAAUUUCCACCUCUGUAACUUUACUACUCACUUCCUUCAUUUUCGCCGCCGGCUCGGCGGCAGAGGCUCCGGUUCCGGCACCAGAUCCGGUGUCGGGUAGUCGCAGCAACGUUCAAUGGAAACAGAAGGUUCUACUUAUGAAACCAAGUACAGUUUUAGAGAUGUCGCCGAGCGAUCAGCCGAGGAGAGCGCGAUCGACGACUGGCUACCAGUCGGGCCAUCGAGGAGGACCGGAAAAUGGUGGUACUCAGCUGUCCACAACAUCACCGUUAUCGUCGGCGCCGGAGUCCUCGGCCUCCCCUACGCCAUGGCUGAAAUGGGAUGGGGACCUGGAAUCACAUUUCUGGUAAUAUCAUGGUUGGUUACUCUCUACUCUUUAUGGCAAAUGGUGCAGAUGCACGAAAUCGCGCCUGGAAAACGCUUCGACAGGUACCACGAGCUCGGACAGCAUGCUUUCGGCGAAAAGCUUGGCCUCUGGAUCGUCGUGCCUCAGCAGCUGAUUGUAGUAGUCGGCGUCGACAUAGUUUACAUGAUCACCGGAGGGCAGUGCCUCAAGAAAUUCCAUCAUCUGGUCUGUGAUGGAUGCAAACACAUCAAACUUACCUAUUUCAUAAUGAUAUUUGCAUCUGUGAACUUUCUUCUAUCUCAGCUGCAUAACUUCAACUCGAUCGUGCGUGUUUCUCUCGCCGCAGCCGUAAUGUCUGUCAGCUACUCGACAAUCGCUUGGGGCGCCUCCGGCCGCAGAGGCGUGCAGCCUGACGUGCGAUAUGGAUAUAAAUCGAAAACUACAGCUGGUCGAGUUUUCGACUUUUUUAGCGCUUUGGGGAGUAUCAUUUUCGCCUACGGCGGCCACAACGUGGUUAUGGAAAUUCAAGCUACUAUGCCUUCGACGCCGCGGAAGCCUUCGAAGGAACCGAUGUGGAGAGGAGCAUUCGUCGCGUACGUCGUUGUGGCCCUUUGCUACUUCCCCGUCGCUGUUGCCGGGUAUUUGGUGUUCGGGAAUGAAGUCGAUGAAAAUAUUCUUAUCACGCUGCAUAGGCCUCGAUGGCUCGUCGCGACAGCGAAUAUGUUCGUUGUUGUGCAUCUCAUCGGAGGCUAUCAGGCGUACGCAAUGCCGGUGUUCGACAUGAUGGAAUCGUUGCUCGUGAUGAAGCUGAAGUUCACGGCGACAUGGCGUCUGCGCUUCGUUACGAGGAAUAUUUACGUCGCUUUGACAAUGCUUGUCGCCAUUUCGUUUCCUUUCUUCGGAGGUGUUCUUGGAUUCAUCGGAGGAUUCGCAUUGGCCCCGACAACUUAUUUCCUUCCCUGCAUCAUCUGGCUUUGCAUCCACAAACCAGGAAGAUUCACCAUAUCUUGGCUCAUCAAUUGGGUGUGCAUCAUUCUCGGGGUCCUGUUGAUGGUGAUUGCACCCAUUGGAGGUCUCAGGCAGAUCAUCAUUCAAGCUAAAACCUACAAGUUCUACUCAUAAUCCAUUUCCUGAAAUUACAGUCUUGAUUUUCCCUGUUUGAUCUGUAGAGUUCGAGUUCGUAAUUGUUUGUGUACAUACUUCUAGCCAUAGGAUCAUUUGGGACAAUUUACCUGAACUGUUUCAUCAUCAAUGGCCUAUGUUCUAACUUUCGUCGUAAUUCUGACUUUAUACACUAGUUGCAAGUCGAAAUCUUGACUUGUCUUGAUUAGAUAACAAUACUUGUCUAUAUAUUGAAUGACUUUCUUCAUGAAUUGUCUGCGUCUGCCAUGGAAACGCA